UGGCCUUUGAGGAGGUGGCCGUGUCCUUCACCCAGGAGGAGUGGGCGCUGCUGGAUCCUAGCCAGAGGGCCCUCCACCUGGAAGUCAUGGAGGAGAACUGGCAAACGGUGUCUUCUCUCGAGUCCAUAAGGAUGCCAGCAGCAGGUAUUUCUUCGUCUGUUCCUUGUGGUGGAGUAGAACCAGAUCAGGGUCUACUGACUUAUGAGGAGUUGGCUGUGUCCUUCACCCAGGAGGAGUGGGCAUUGCUGGAUCCUGACCAGAGGGCCCUGCACAAGGAAGUCAUGGAGGAGAACUGGCGAAUGUUAUCCUCUCUUGAAUUGUUCGACUCUUCAGUUCAGUCUUUUCUGCAUUCGUCUUUCUUUCCAGAAGAUAUGUCAAAGGAGAAAAAUGUACGUUCCAAGUGUGAAAAGAGUUGUACACAAAAAUUAGACUUUGCUGGACACCAGACAACCCACAGAGAAGAACAAAACUUGAUCCGAGAGAAGCCUUAUGAAAGCAUCGUGUGUGGAAAACAUUUUGCCAUGGUAUUUCACGUAAGAGUCCACACUGGAAAUAAGAAUUUUGUAAGUGAAGUAUCAGAGGACCAUUUAGAACAGAAGUUACACUUUCUGAGACAUCAAAGAGUCUGCACAAGAGAUAAACUGUACAAAUGCCAGGAGUGUGGGAAAUGUUUUGCUAAGAAUUCAAACCUUGUGAGCCAUCAAAGAGUCCACACAGGAGAGAAACCGUACAAAUGUGAGGAGUGUGGAAAGUGUUUUGCACAGAAUUCACAUCUUGUGAGGCAUAAGAGAAUCCACACAGGAGAGAAACCAUACAAAUGUCUGGAGUGUGAGAAAUGUUUUGCUCGGAGCUCAGAGCUUGUAAGGCAUAAGAGAGUCCACACAGGAGAGAAACCGUACAAAUGUGGGGAAUGUGGGAAAUGUUUUGCCCACAAUUCAAAGCUUGUGAAUCAUAAGAGAAUCCACACAGGAGAGAAGCCGUAUAAAUGCCAAGAGUGCGGGAAAUGUUUUGCUCAGAAUUCAGAGCUAUUGAAGCAUAAGCGAGUCCACACAGGAGAAAUACCACAUGAAUGCCAGGAGUGUGGGAAAUGUUUUACCCAGAUUUCAAAGCUUGCGAAUCAUAAGAGAGUCCACACAGGGGAGAAACCAUACAAAUGCCAGGAAUGUUUUACAUGUUUUGCUAAUAAUUCAAUGCUUCUGAGUCAUAAGAGAGUUCACACAGGAGGUAAACCAUACAAGUGCCAGGAGUGUGGGAAAUGUUUUGCUCAGAUUUUAUACCUUGUGAAUCAUAUGAGAGUCCACACAGGGGAAAAACUAUACAAAUGCCAAGAGUGUGGGAAAUGUUUUGCUCGGAACUCACAGCUUGUGAAUCAUAUGAGAGUCCACACAGGAGAAAAGCCAUACAAAUGCCAGGAGUGUGAAAAAUGUUUUGCUCGGAACUCACAGCUUCUGUUUCAUAAGAGAGUCCACACAGGAGAGAAACCGUACAAAUGCCAGGAAUGUGGGAAAUGUUUUGCUCAGAGUUCACAGCUUCUGAUUCAUAAAAGAGUUCACACCGGAGAGAAACCAUACAGAUGCCAGGAAUGUGGGAAAUGUUUUGCUCAGAAUUCACAGCUUCUUAUUCAUAAUAGAGUCCACACAGGAGAGAAACCAUAUGAAUGCCAGGUGUGUGGAAAAUGUUUUGCUCAAAAAUCACUGCUUGUGAGUCAUAAGAGAGUCCACACAGGAGAGAAACCAUACCAAUGCCAGGAGUGUGGGAAAUGUUUUGCUGAGAGCACAAAGCUUGUGAAUCAUAAGAGAGUCCACACGGGAGAGAAGCCAUGCAAAUGCCAGGAGUGUGGGAAAUGUUUUGCCCGGGGCUCAGAUCUUGUGAAACAUAUUAGAGUCCACACAGGAGAGAAACCAUACAAAUGCCAUGUUUGUGGGAAAUGUUUUGCUCAGACUUCACAGCUUGUGACUCACAAGAGAGUCCACACAGUAGAAAAACCGUACAAAUGCAAGAACUGUGAGAAAACCUUUGCCUGUAAAUCAAGACUUCAAAUCCACCAGAGAGUCCACACAGGAGAGAAACCAUACAAAUGCCAGGAGUGUGGAAAAUGUUUUACUCAAAAAUCGCACCUUGUGUUACAUAAGAGAAUCCACACAGGAGAGAAACCAUACAAAUGCCAGGAGUGCAAAAAAUGUUUUGCUCAGAAAUCACAUCUAGUUUUUCAUAAGAGAAUCCACACAGGAGAGAAACCAUACAAAUGCCAGCAAUGUGGGAAAUGUUUUGCCCACAGUUCACAGCUUGUGAGUCAUAUGAGAGUCCACACAGGAGAGAAACCAUACAAAUGCCAGGAGUGUUGUAAAUGUUUUGCUCAGAAUUCCCAGCUUAUCUUUCAUAAGAGGCUUCACACAGGAGAGAAUCCAUACAAAUGCCAGGAAUGUGGAAAAUGCUUUGGACAGAAAACACAGCUUGUGAAUCAUGUGAGAGUCCACACGGGAGAGAAACCAUACAAAUGCCAGGAGUGUGGGAAAUGUUUUGCUCAGAAAACACAGCUUGUGAGUCAUAAGAGAGUCCACACAGGAGAGAAACCAUACAAAUGCCAAGAGUGUGGGAAAUGUUUUGCCGAGAACUCACAGCUUGUGAAGCAUAUGAGAGUACACUCAGGAGAGAAACCAUACAAAUGCCAGGAGUGUUGUAAAUGUUUUGCUCAGAAUUCCCAGCUUAUCUUUCAUAAGAGGCUUCACACAGGAGAGAAUCCAUACAAAUGCCAGGAAUGUGGAAAAUGCUUUGGACAGAAAACACAGCUUGUGAAUCAUGUGAGAGUCCACACGGGAGAGAAACCGUACAAAUGCCAGGAGUGUGGGAAAUGUUUUUCUCACAGUUCACACCUUGUGAGUCAUAAGAGAGUGCACACAGGAGAGAAACCGUACAAAUGCCAGGAGUGUGGAAAAUGUUUUGCUGAGAGUUCACAGCUUGUGAAGCAUAUGAGAGUCCACACAGGAGAGAAACCAUACAAAUGCCAGGAAUGUGGGAAAUGUUUUGCUCAGAAAACACAGCUUGUGAAUCAUAUGCGAGUCCACACAGGAGAGAAACCAUACAAAUGCCAGGAGUGUGGGAAAUGUUUUGCUCAGAGUUCACAUCUUGUCUGUCAUAAGAGGGUCCACACAGGAGAGAAACCGUACAAAUGCAAGGAAUAUCAGAAAUGUUUGGCUCAAAAAUCACAGCUUGUCAAUCAUAUGAGAGUCCCCACUGCAGAGAAACCUUACAAAUGCCAGGAGUGUGGGAAAGGUUUUACCCAUAGUUCAUGGCUAGCAAAUCAUUUGAGAGUUCACACAGGAGAGAAACCGUACAAAUGCAAACAGUGUGACAAGUGUUUUGCCUGGAAUUCGACUCUUGCUAAUCAUAUGAGAGUACACACAGGAGAUAAACCGUUCAAAUGCGAGGAGUGUGGGAAAUGUUUUUCUCAAAGCUCAGAAUUUAUUAAUCAUAAGAGAGUCCACACAGGAGAGAAACCAUACAAAUGCCAGGAAUGUGGGAAAUGUUUUGCUCAGAAUUCAAACCUUGUGUUUCAUAAGAGAGUCCAUACAGGAGAGAAACCAUACAAAUGCCAGGAAUGUGGAAAAUGUUUUGCCCGGAAUUCAAACCUUGUGGAUCAUAAGAGAGUCCACACAGGAGAGAAACCUUACAAAUGCCAGGAGUGUGGGAAAUGUUUUGCCCACCGUUCUCAGCUUUCAAAUCAUAAGAAAGUCCACACAGGACUGCACAAAUGCCAAGAAUGUGGGAAAUGUUUUGAUCACAAAUCACAGCUGAUUGGUCAUAUGACAGUGCACAUAUGAGAGAAGUCCUAUAAAUGAAUGUGGGAAAUGUUUUGUCCACUUUUCAUGGCUUCUGACUUGUAUGAGAGUCGAGGAGAGAACAUGUGCAAAUGCCAAGGAUGUGGGAAAUGUUUCCUCAGAAUCAAAACUUAUGAGACAUAAGAGAAAUCCAUGCAGGAGAGCAACUCUUGAAAUCUGAGUAGGAUAUACCGUAUUUGCCUGCAUAUAAGAUGACUUUUUUGGCCCAAAAAACAUGCCUCCAAGAGGGGGGUCGUCUUAUACACCGGGUGCACUUCAGUUGGGCCAGGAAGCCAUCAUCGUCGCCGUUGAGUGAGUGAUGUGGGGCUGCGCCAGCCGGGGAGGAAGACAGGCGGGCAGGCAGGUAGUUGGUCUGGACGGAGGGAGGGAAGCAGAGCCGGCCAUGCCUGAGUGGCCAGAGCCCGCUGACAGGCUGCCCGCCACCCCGCGCCGCUGAGCCAGCUGCUCGCUCGCCUGCCCGCCGCCGGAGAGGCGCUUCCCCUCCUCCGCUGCUGCCGCCUACCCGGCCACUUCCCCUCCUCCUCACCCUCCUCCUUGCCGGCCAUGAACUUCC